CGCUCGCUGUCAGAACUGGAGAAGGCGAGGAACGAAACGAACUGUUCAUUGCCGUCUGUAGGCUGUGGAAACGCAAUUUCAGGUAGUUAACUGUGCGAGCCGAACCGAGACGGAUUGGACCUCGAGCCCGCAACCGAGAGGAGGAAAGAGGAGAGAAUUGACGAAGACCUUGAUAUCCAAAAUAGAGUUCAGAUUUACACAAAUAUUACACUUUAGUAGCACUGAAACACAAGGCCUGCGAAGAUGGGAGACAAGGCAGGCACCAGAGUCUUCAAGAAGUCCAGUCCCAACUGCAAGCUCACUGUAUACCUGGGAAAGAGAGACUUUGUGGAUCACCUAGACCAUGUAGAUCCAGUGGAUGGAGUGCUACUAAUAGACCCAGAGUACCUAAAAGACCGUAAAGUCUUUGUGACUCUGACCUGUGCGUUCCGGUAUGGCCGUGAGGACCUGGACGUUCUGGGUUUGUCCUUUAGGAAAGACCUCUACAUCUCCACCUUCCAGGCCUUCCCCGCCGCCACCACAGAGGAGGAGCGGAAACCACUCAGCCACCUGCAGGAGAGACUGCUGAAGAAGCUGGGACAGCACGCACACCCGUUCAACUUCACUAUCCCUCAGAACCUGCCCUGCUCAGUCACUCUACAACCAGGCCCAGAGGACACGGGGAAGGCUUGUGGAGUGGACUUUGAGGUCAGAGCCUUCUGCGCCAGGACUGUAGAGGAGAAAAUACACAAAAGGAACUCUGUGCGUCUGGUGAUCCGUAAGGUGCAGUACGCCCCUGAGAAGCCUGGUCCUCAGCCCAUGGUGGAGACGACGCGAUCCUUCCUACUGUCAGAUAGAUCCCUACAUCUAGAGGCCUCACUGGAUAAAGAGCUCUACUACCAUGGAGAGCCUAUCAGUGUGAAUGUCCAUGUCACCAACAACUCCACCAAAACAGUGAAGAGGAUGAAAAUUUCAGUGCGUCAGUAUGCCGAUAUCUGUCUGUUCAGUACGGCUCAGUACAAGUGUCCUGUUGCACAGGAGGAGGCAGAUGACCAGGUGUCCCCCAGCAGUACGUUCUGUAAGGUGUACACCCUGACUCCCAUGCUCACCAAUAACAGAGAGAAGAGAGGCCUGGCUCUGGACGGGAAGCUGAAGCACGAAGACACCAACCUGGCCUCCAGCACCAUAGUGAAAGAGGUGUCCAAUAAGGAGGUUCUGGGGAUCCUGGUGUCCUACAGAGUCAAGGUGAAACUAGUGGUGUCCCGUGGCGGCGACGUGUCGGUGGAGCUACCUUUUGUCCUGAUGCACCCCAAACCCUCAGACCAACACAUUUCCAGACCUCAAUCAGCCGUCCCAGAAACUGAUGCCCCAGUGGACGCUAACCUUAUAGAGUUUGAGACAAAUAAUUUCUCUCAGGAUGAUGACUUUGUGUUCGAGGACUUUGCCCGUCUCCGACUGAAAGGAAUGAAGGACGAUGAGGAUGACCACUUCUGCUAAUUCUCCCUGCCCCAGGACCAGGCACCCACACCUGGGGAGAGGAGCUAGGCGAGUCACUGGUCUAGUCUCAGCACCAGACAGUAGGCCCAACUCCAGAAAAGGGGUGCAGGAGCACUCAGAUAUUUUUAAAAGUCUCCCCCCUUCUCUUCAUAUUCAAAUUGCUCUCCCAUCUUCUUUCUCCUACAUUUGCGAUGGCAUUGUUAAUUUCAUCUCCUUAGUUUUGUCACUCCUUUGGUUUGAGAAACGGAGAUAAUGAGAGAGAUGGAGAUAUUUAAAGGGCGUGUCGAGUCAACUGUCUCUGUUUUAGGAAAUCAUUCUAUAUGUUUUGGGUCCAUUCGUUGAUUCAGGGUUGAUCUUAUAUGUUCUAUAGGUCCCACAAGCGGUCAGACAGACAGAUAUAUGUUUGUAAUUAAAAAACAUAUCCAAAAUCCCCAGGUUUACCUUAAAUCCCGGUUGGAGGAUUCCGGAUUUCCUGCUUAUUCCCUUCUGAUUCUGGGAUCUUCCAACCGGGAUUUCUGGAAAAUCUGGGAAUUAUUUGAAAAUGUGGGGAAUCUGGAACUUGAAUGUACAAGACUUCAUUGCUGCACAACUACUUAGAGGGAACACGAGUUGAAUAGUUUAUGCAAAUGAAUUGUUAUUACAUGGUUAUAACCUGUUAUUACACUGUUAUUACGUUAUUAUCAGUGGUGGAGUGGAGGGUAAACGCACCUAAACGCCAUUUACGCAGAUUUUUUUUUUCUCUUCCACCUUUUGCGAGAAAAUGUAUUGAAAGUAUAGGGAGCAUUUACUUUACUCACCGCGAAUGUGACCAGCAUUUACCCACCUAUUUAUUUGAUCACAACAUGACGGGUUACUGUGCUACAUGAUCAUUGCAGCUUUUCACUUAUCCUUAACACACGCUCAUUACCCAUUUUGUAAUAACUCAAUACCCAACACUCUAUCCAUUAUGGCAAAUGUGUAGAACGAUUGCAUAUCUUCACAGUUGAGGGAGGGGGUGUGUAAGUGUAGUGCACUCGCAGCGAGGAAGGGUUGUGAGUGUAGUGCACUAAGAGUACAGUGAGUGUUUUUAAGCGCAGUGCACUUACACGGAGGGUGCGAGUGUGGUGCACUCAUCGUGAAGAUACGCGGAAUCGUAUGUGCAGACAUUGUGGCCUUUUCUGUUAGGGACUACAUAGGAGACUUCCGGCAUCAAAACCUACACACACACACACACACAUAUACACACACACACACACACACACCCUACAUGCAUUGAUUGCCAUGAACACGAUAAAUAACUAUUUAUGAUUUGCCAAAAGUUUAUUAUUUGACAAAGGUCAAAUGGCAUGUCCUGGUUGCAGUUUGAUUGAACCCCACCAUCGAUAAGAUUAGGGCUCAUGCCUAGGAUGUACUGAGCUAGGAUCAGCCCCCGUUCCCGUCCAUGUAGUGUUAUUCAUUAUGAUCAACCUGGCUAAAACUGAUUCAAAAUCAGCCAAGGAGAUUUUUUUUGAUUAAUCACAAAUGUGUGUUCAAUGGCACACCUGGUGUGUGAUAAGCAGUACUGCAGUCUUCUGCAGGUCUCUCGAAUAUACUGUCGAUUCUGGAGAGAAAGUUUGAUGCAGGUUGAAGUUUUCCCCUAAUCACUGAUACACUGAUUAAAACGAUCUGACCGUGUAAUGGUAAAGGUUAGGAUUGAUGGUAGAGUUAUUUGAUCCUAGAUCUGUGGUUAAAGUGCAUCUUCUACCUCAAAUCUGCUAAAUUUAUCAUUGUCCAAUCUCUCAAACUUACCAGCAUCCAACAUUGGCCUCAAUCAUCAGAAUCACCAAUGUUGGGAGGAGUGGAAAGGGCGAUGGGAGGAAAGAGGGGAAAAGCCAGGCACGGGGGAUGGGAGGUAGGGAAAAUAAUGUCGGGAAAAGAAUUAUAUUUUUAUUGUUGUAAUAAUCGCCAGAGAUAUGUGUACUUAAAUGUUGCCAUUAUUUUUAUUUUAUUCUAAAGACAUUUUAUUUUUCAUUAUUAAAAAGUCAUAAGUGAUAUAAACUAACCUUAUGCUAA